AUGGCCGGUUGUGGCUUUUGGUUGUUCUUACCGCUUUCUCUCAGCGCUGUUUAUAUUAUAAAUUGUGAACGUAAUUAUCGCAUAAUUUUCGAUGACGUCAAUAUUCAGCAUUGGGCUCCCGAUUUAGUUGAAGAUUUUAAAUAUCAACUAAUUCAAAUGAACAAUCGCAGUUACGUCAGUGGACAUUUGAUUUUGCGAAAAAGUAUUGAAAGAAUUGAUGUGCGUACUAGACUGCAACUGGCAAAACCAUAUGGCAAAAAGAUAAAAUUGUAUGACGUACGAUUGGAAGGAUGUCAAUUUCUGAAAACUGUGCAAUCAAAUCGUCUUCUUAAUGUAUUUGCAACUACUUUCAAAAAACACACAAAUCAGAAUUUAACAUGUCCCUUUAAACCGCACUUAAAUUAUAGUAUGGACAAAUGGUGUAUAGACGAACAGGAUUUACCAUCGUAUGUUCCAGCCGGGGGAUUUGAUACCCUCACUGAAUAUUCUAUGCGAAAUAAAAUGGUAUUUCGUGUUAUUGUUAUUGGUCGAAUUGUUUUGAUCAAAUAA